AUGUAUCUCAAGGUAAUAAUAGUAUCUUUUUUGGUGCUGCUUUUGGGAGCUCUCAUAGGUUUUCUAGGGUUUCCCAUGCUGUUUCAGGAGCUGGUCAAGCGGAGCAUCAAUCUGAAACCUGGCAGCGAAUCUCGUCAGUUGUGGCAACAGCUGCCGUUUCCCAUGAUCUUUAAGAUCUAUGUCUUUAAUGUAAGCAAUCCAGAGGAAGUUGAAGCAGGCGGUAAACCUCAGCUCGAGGAAGUGGGUCCUUUGGUAUUCGAGGAGUGGAAAGACAAGUACAAUCUUAAAGAUAUAGAAGAAGAGGAUGCUAUUAGCUUUAAUAUGCGCAAUACAUUCCAGCUACGUACAGAUUUGGGACUCAGCGGGGAGCAGUUGAUAACCAUGCCACAUCCUCUGCUGCAGUUCAUGGCCAUAGCUAAUUUGGGGCAACCAAAUGAGACGCAGUCAGCAGUUGCCUUAGGAUUAGAUCUGAUCUUCAAACCUCACAGUGCCUUCAUCACGGCCACGUUUAUGGAACUCUUCUUUGUGGGCAUCUGGGUCAACUGCGAACAGGAGCAUCCGGCGGCCCAGGCCAUCUGUCAGCAGUUCCAAGCGGGCGCUGUGCCAGGAGCAGUUGCCAUAAAUGCCACACACUACAAAUUCUCGCUAAUGGGCGCGGCAAGUCCCUGUCAAAGGGGAAGAGUAGCGAAUUCUUUACUAAUCUUUCACUUGCAGGGCAAUCACACAAAUGCUGGGAGCUUUAAGGUGUCCCGGAGUAGAUCCAAGGGCUCAACAGUUGGACGUGUGCUGCAAUUCAAUGGAGCGGCUGAGUUGCAAGUGUGGCAGGAUAGUCACAGUGGCAGCUGCAAUCGCUUGCGUGGCACAGAUGGCACCAUCUUUCCGCCCUUCAUGCGACCACAGCAGGGACUCUGGAGCUACUCCGCCCAACUAUGCCGCUCGUUGUCACCCAAGUGGGUGGAAAAAACCAGUUACAAUCAGCUUCCCGCACAGCGCUAUGAACUUAACUUUGGCUCACCACGCCUGGAAGCGGAUUUGUCCUGCUAUUGUACAAGCUAUCCCGACGAUUGUCCUGCCGAUGGCACCAUGGAUCUGUUACGCUGCAAUGGAUCACCUUUGAUUGCGUCCCUGCCACAUUUCUAUCAGUCAGAGCCAAAGCUCUUGAAUCAAGUUGAAGGAUUGUCGCCGUCAGCGGCUAAACAUGCCAGCACUUUGAUCUUUGAACAGUUAUCCGGCACAGUGCUCUCUGUCUACAAUCGACUGCAGUUCAGCCUGAAGGUGUCACCUGUCCAGCAUGUUCAGGUGUUGGCCCAAUUGCGCAGCUUGGCCUUGCCACUCUUUUGGAUCGAGGAAUCCCUGCAGCUGGAUGAAAAGAUUACAGCCGUGUUGCAUAAAAAGAUAUUUAGCGUCCUCAAUAAAAAUAACUUGUUCAGAUGGCUGGCCAUAGGACUGGGCAGCUUGGGCUGUGCUCUGGGUGGACUCUUCCUGCAUCUACGGCGCAACGAUGUGAAGCGCGUGGGCGUCGAAGAAAGCGUUGCAGCAGAACAAUAGAAGAUAAAACUACAAUUCUUAAGUUAAACUUAUAUAAAGACAACUGCAU